UGGAUCUGAAGACUUAGUCCACCGCCGCAGUUACAUAAUGUGCUGUCACGCCCCCCAUCCAACCCAGCAGUUGCUUUGACUAUUACGGGGGUCCAAUGAAUGACCAGGACAGAGGGUCCAGCAAUAUGGACAACGUGAUACCUUAGCUAAUCCAAAGACACACUUUUAAUGGCUCCAUUUCACUGAAGACGCAGCUCUUCAGGUCCGUCCUGCCCCUCUGUUGCUGCCAUGGCCAGGCGCAGGUCAAAGAAACCGCGACGAGAAGACGCUUCCAUUCUGCUGGAGUCAUCGGUGCCCCAGUCCAGGAGCCGGAUGCCCCAGUCCAGGAGCCGGAUGCCCCAGUCCAGGAGCCGGAUGAGCGCCUACGUUUCUCCAGCUCUGUUGGUCGUUAUCCUCUUGACACUCGGGGCCUCUAUGAUGUGGUGGUUUUGUGUGCAACAGCAGCACGGCCUCGACCAACUAUCGGAGUCUUUGGCAACAAUGCAGAAGAAAGUCACAAACCUCCAGCAGGUGAUGGAGACGACGGACGCGCAGAUUGAUACAGGUUUGGGUGUGGAGGAGAGGAUCUUCACCCUGGAGGAGGCUCAGAAACAGGCUCAGCAGAAAGCCGAGUUUGUCCUGGCCACAUCAGAGAAGUUGAAGAACACUGACCUCUACUCAUAUCUUUGGGCUCUCCGCGAAGAGAUGGAAAUUCGGUGGGCCGAGAUCAAGCAGGUCUCCCUGUCCAUCGAAACUCUCCAGGCCAUGUUCAAGAACCAGAGUGAGGAGUUUGAGGCCAUGAAGGAGAGGGUAGUCACCACUUUGAGUUCCAGCUCAGCGCUGGCUGAAAAUGUGGCUGGGUUGACCAGUGCUGUGGCCAGUGCAUGCUCCAGAGUUGGUGAGCAGGUUGCAUCAGUGGAGGCUCUUAAUGCACCGUUAAUGGGACAAUCCUCUGAGCUGAAUGAGCUGAAAGAGUUUCUCUAUCUUCAUAAUGUUGCACUUUAUACAAACAACCAGGAGAUGACUGCAAUAAAGGAGCUUGUGGAGACUAAGCAGGCCAUGCGUGCCCGGACAUUAGAAGAGAUGCUCAGUUCAGUGCAGACGACUCUGGAUGAGCAGUUUUUCACUUCACAGAACCUCCACAGCAGCAUCAUGGCUCAGCUGCAGAGUUUUCACUCCCAGUUGGUGAAUGGUCCUUCUUGGUCAAUGAAACUUAAGUCAAAUCAGGAGGACCGAGCUGUAGGAGAGUUAAUCUCCAACACAGCACAGAAUGCCACUGAGGUGCAGGAGAAGCUAGAAGAUGUUGAGAAAGAGGCUUAGCAACAGGGUGCCCGAGAUGGAGCGGAAGAGGAAGUAAAGGAGGAGGAGGAGGAGGAAGCCUUGCAGGAAGCACAGCCACGGGAACAGGAAGUGGAGGGGGAUGUUACAGAGGAGCAAGAAAUGACACCAGAAGAUCAAGAGGAAGAGGAUGCUGGCGAGACAGCAGAAGAGGAGGUUGCAGAAGAGACUACUGAGGGUCCUAUUUUGGACAAGUCUUUGGAAGAGGAGUUAUACGAAGACGUUGUUGAAAGUUGGGAUUCUUCAGAAGGAGAGUCAGCUGAAGUAAAUAGAGAUCCUCAUGGACAAAAAAGAGAUGGAUAUGGACAAUAUGCUCCAGUAGAUUGAUCGGCUGUAAAUUGCUGCAGUCCACCAGUAUUGUCUAUAAUUCACAUGACUGUGAUUUUAAAGUCUUAUAUUGAUGAAGAGGAACUGUUUUUACACACAAAAAAUGAUUUGUAACAUUUGCUUUAUUUUACAUGGGUGGGGUUGACUGAUUUAUGUUUCAGAGCAGUUAUACAUCACUAAAAACAUUUGAUGAUUUUAUUAGUACUUGUAUUGUUUUAUGCCCUUAGUUUAAUGUGAAUUUCUAUAGUCUGAUUCGAACUAUAUGCAACCUUCUAUACAUGCUUUUUAACAUGCACUAUAUUCUCAUUAAAAACGAGUGAAAUUCUA